GUAGUGGAUAACGAAAUCCAACUGCUCUUCAAAACGGGGAUUGAAUUGCUAGAAACGCUCGGUUCGCGGAUUCUUCUGGAAACGACUCCUUGAUGGCUUCUCUGACACGUGUCCUUCUACCAAUCUCAUCUACCUCCUCUUCACAAUGCCCUCAUCAAUUGACCAUCUCUUUCAAAUUAAACCCUCAACCACCUACCACAAGGAGAAGAUUCUCAGUUUUUGCGAUGGCGGAAUCCAACCGCAGCACCGUCCUCGUUACCGGAGCCGGUGGUAGAACCGGUCAAAUAGUUUAUAAGAAGCUGAAGGAGCGGUCAGGAGAGUAUAUUGCAAGAGGCUUGGUUAGAACUGAGGAGAGUAAGGAGAAAAUUGGUGGAGCAGAUGACGUUUUCAUUGGCGAUAUAACGAAUGUCGAAAGUGUUAUUCCUGCUAUUCAGGGCAUAGAUGCUCUUGUAAUUCUCACAAGUGCAGUCCCUAAAAUGAAACCUGGUUUUGAUCCAAGUAAAGGUGGAAGGCCAGAAUUCUAUUUCGAAGACGGAUCAUAUCCUGAACAAGUUGACUGGGAAGGCCAGAAAAGUCAAAUAGAUGCUGCUAAAGCUGCUGGAGUGAAGCAAAUUGUUCUGGUCGGCUCCAUGGGUGGAACAAAUAUUAACCACCCCUUAAACAGCUUGGGAAACGGGAAUAUACUGGUCUGGAAGAGAAAGGCUGAACAGUAUCUAGCAGAUUCUGGGAUCCCAUACACAAUUAUAAGGGCUGGGGGUUUGCAAGACAAGGAAGGUGGCGUCCGGGAGUUGCUUACUGGAAAAGAUGACGAACUUCUUCAGACUGAAACUAAAACCAUUGCCAGAGCAGAUGUGGCUGAAGUCUGUAUUCAGGCACUGCAAAUUGAGGAGGCAAAAUGCAAGGCACUCGAUCUUGCCUCCAAGCCUGAAGGAACCGGAACGCCAACAACCGACUUCAAGGCCUUAUUUUCCCAAGUCACUACUCAGUUUUAAGGAUACAUAUGGCCGCCUUCUAAUAUCGACAUGUAUUAUCGUUAAUCUAUGGACUUGUAGAAUACAAUAUUAGCACAACAUUUAAAUGAGGUAAUACACUUCCAGUUUUUUAAUGCAAUACGAUAACGUUAAUUAGGUUUGUAGGAUGACUGAAAUUUCUAAGCAUUCCAAUAAGAUGCUUUGUAGGACCAAAGAAAUAAAGUCGUAUCUGAAAGUGUGAUAACAAGUUUAGAGGGUGUUUUAAGAAGUUCUUUUAGGUUGUGUUUAAUAUAAUAGACACUAUUUGAAAAGUGUUGUAUAAACGUAAGUGUCGUAUAUAAAGAUGAGUUUACAGGAUACUCAUCAAAAGUGUCCUAUGUAAUACCUAAUACGAUUGUUGACUUAAGAGUGUCGUAAAAAUCUUGUUUGAAAUGCCUA